CGCGCUCCCAUAAUAUAAUAAUUAGAUUGAUUCUGAUUUUUUUCUCAGACCGAACACAGAAACAAGAAAAACAAAACACGAAGUUUUCGUUUGAGAGCUCAAAGGUUCCAGAUUUCAAAAGAGCUUCUUUUUUUUUUUUUUUCCAGAAUCAUUUCUAGAUCAAUAGGCGGUUCUGUCAUUGGUGAGAAGAUGUCGGAUCAUCUGAGUUUAUGUACGGAUCGUCUCAUAACGGGUGAGAGCUUGGAGUCAGAAAAGGAUUGUGGAGAAAGUUCUUGUCCUCAAGGCGGCAGAGAUGUGGCUUCUUCUUCUUCUUCUUCGUCUGCGUCUGUCGAUGAAGCUGAAGAUGCCAGGAAGUACUAUGCUGUUGUUGCUGCAGAAGAGGAACCGCUUCUCCAGUCUGUUGAGUGCCGUAUUUGCCAGGAGGAAGAUAUCACUAACAACUUGGAGGCUCCUUGUGCUUGCAAUGGCAGUUUGAAGUAUGCGCACCGCAAGUGUGUUCAGCGUUGGUGUAAUGAGAAAGGCGACAUUGUCUGCGAAAUAUGCCACCAGCCUUAUCAAUCUGGAUAUACAGCACCUCCACCUCCUCCUCCUGAUGAAACUAUAAUUCACAUUGGUGAGGAUUGGGAGACUGGAGUUCACUUGGACUUGAGCGACCCGCGCAUUCUAGCAAUGGCUGCAGCAGAACGUCAUUUCUUGGAAGCUGACUAUGACGAGUACACCGAGUCUAACUCAAGCGGUGCUGCCUUCUGUCGCUCUGCUGCUCUCAUCCUGAUGGCACUUUUACUGUUAAGAGAUGCACUAAACCUCACGACUAAUCCAGAUGACGAGGAUGAUCCCACUGCCUUCUUCUCUCUUUUUCUUCUUCGUGCUGCUGGUUUUCUCCUGCCAUGUUACAUCAUGGCAUGGGCCAUUGGAAUUCUCCAGCGCCGGAGGCAAAGACAGGAAGCUGCUGCUCUAGCUGCCGCGGAAGUUGCCUUCAUGAUACACGGUGGUGUGCCUCAACGCAGGGGACUUCAUUUUGCUUUAUCGCCAGAGCAGCCGCCAGUAUCCAACCCAACACCAGUCUGAUCCUUCUCCCAGCAAUGAUUCUCCGGUAAGACUAUUAAGACAAAACCCUGAACUUGGUUGUAAGAACUUUCCACCUACUUAUGCUUCUUCUUCACAUGUUUUAUCAUUUUGCUCGUAUGUUUAUGUUCUCUGAAUCUGUUAAAUGUUACUUCUCUACUUUUAAAUGUUGGCAAAGCUCUCGGGGCAUUAUGUACA